GCGCGGGACCCCGGGCCCCUCCGCGCGCCACUCGUCUCUCUCUCCCGCUCUCGCUCUAGACCUGGAAGGGAUGGAGGAGGCAGACACCGACUGCGCCGUCGCCUUCGCGGAGGCCCAGCGAUGGGUGGAGGCAGUAACAGAGAAGGAUUUUGAAACAAAAGAUUUUCGAGCCUCUCUAGAGAAUGGUGUUCUGUUGUGUGAUUUAAUUAAUAAGCUCAAACCUGGUGUCAUUAAGAAGAUCAAUAGAUUGUCCACACCCAUAGCAGGUUUGGAUAAUAUAAACGUUUUUUUGAAAGCUUGUGAACAGAUUGGAUUGAAAGAAGCCCAGCUUUUUCAUCCUGGGGAUCUACAGGAUUUAUCAAAUCGAGUCACUGUCAAGCAAGAAGAGACUGAUCGGAGAGUGAAAAAUGUUUUGAUAACAUUGUACUGGCUGGGAAGAAAAGCACAGAGUAACCCCUACUAUCAUGGUCCUUAUCUUAAUUUGAAAGCGUUUGAGAAUCUUUUAGGACAAGCUCUGACUAAGGCACUUGAAGACUCCAGCUGCCUGAAGAGAAGUGGCAGGGACAGUGGCUACGGUGAUAUCUGGUCCACUGAACGUGGAGAGUUUGCAGCUCCUCCAGGCGGCCAUAAGAGAGAGGAUUCCUUUGAAAGCUUGGAUUCCUUGGGGUCUAGGUCGUUGACAAGCUGCUCCUCUGACACCACAUUGAGGGGGGGACGUGAAGGUUUCGAAAGUGACACAGAUUCUGAAUUUACAUUCAAAAUGCAGGAUUAUAAUAAAGAUGAUAUGUCCUAUCGAAGGAUUGCGGCUAUUGAACCAAAGUCUGCUUUACCAUUCAAUCGUUUUUUACCCAACAAGAGUAGACAGCCAUCCUAUGUGCCAGCGCCCUUGAGGAAGAAAAAGCCAGACAAAAACGAGGAUAACCGAAGAAGCUGGGCAAACCCAGCCUACGCAGAAACGGAUGGAGCAUUUCCAAGUAUCAGGAAAAGAACUGGGGGCACACAUCUGGAAAACUGGCCAACAGGACACGUAACUUCAAGCUCCUCUUAUUACUUGGAAGUGGAAGAAAAGACAAGUAUACCCAACACUGUAAAGGAUGACCUUUAUGUGCGAAAGCUAAGUCCAAUCUUGCCAACCCCAGGGAAUGCUUUCGAUCAGUUUCUUCCUAAAUGUUGGAUUCCAGAAGAUGUGAACUGGAAAAGAAUAAAAAGGGAAACUUAUAAGCCAUGGUAUAAAGAAUUUCAGGGAUUCAGUCAGUUUUUAUUACUUCAGGCCCUCCAAACAUACUCUGAUGACAUCUUGUCUUCUGAAACAAAUACCAGAAUUGAUCCCACUUCUGGCCCAAGGCUCAUCACACGUAGAAGGAAUCUCUCUUAUGCACCAGGGUUUAGAAGAGAUGACCUCGAAAUGUCAGCCCUGGAUCCUGACUUAGAGAACGACGAUUUCUUUGUCAGAAGGACUGGGGCUUUCCAUGCCAAUCCAUGCGUUCUCCGGGCUUUUGAAGACUUUAGAAGAUUUUCUGAGCAAGAGGAUCCUGUGGAGCGAGACAUAAUUUUGCAGUGUAGAGAAGGUGAACUUGUACUUCCAGAUUUAGAAAAAGAUGAUAUGAUCAUUCGCCGAAUUCCAGCGCAAAAGAAAGAAGUGCCUCUGUCGGGAGCCCCAGAUAGAUACCAACCGGUCCCUUUCCCUGAUCCCUGGACCCUUCCCCCAGAAAUUCAAGCCAAGUUUCUCUGUGUACUUGAAAGGACGCGCCCACCCAAAGAAAAAAGGAAUAGCUGUAGAGUAUUGGUUCCUUCCCAUCGGCAGAAGAAAGAUGACAUGUUGACGCGGAAGAUCCAGUCCUGGAGUCUGGGGACUGCGGUGCCUCCCAUAAGUUUCACUCCUGGCCCGUGCAGUGAGGCUGACUUUCGGAAAUGGGAGGCCAUCCGGGAGGCCAGCAGGCUUAGGCACAAGAAACGGCUGAUGGUUGAGAGACUCUUUCAAAAGAUUUAUGGUGAGAAUGGGAGCAAGUCCAUGAGCGAUGUCAGUGCAGAGGAUGAGCAGAACUUGCGUCAGCUGCGUUACGAGGAGAUGCAGAAAAUUAAAUCGCAACUAAGAGAACAAGAUCAGAAAUGGCAGGAUGACCUUGCAAAAUGGAAAGACCGUCGAAAAAGCUACACUUCAGAUCUGCAGAAGAAAAAAGAAGAGAGGGAAGAAAUUGAAAAGCAGGCACUCGAGAAGUCUGAGCGGAGCUCUAAGACAUUUAAGGAAAUGCAGCAGGACAGGGACUCCCGAAGUCAAAUGUCAACGGUGAUAUCUAGGAGCAGAACAUAUUCUUGUGAUGAGGUACUGACUGAAGAAAUUCUUCCCCCUACGUUGACUAUGUCAGAAACAAGUAACCAGAGUGAGAGAGUGGAAGAGGAAGAAACAAGUCAUCCUACAGAAGUUCCUAAACCAGAGUCUUCAAGUUUUGCAAAAGGGGAGGACACUCUCAGAGCUGAAACUCAGCUUCCUUCUAAAAGUCCUGUGGAGGAACAACGCCCAGUCUCUUUGUCUUCUCAGCAUUCCCUGAGCAAACAAAUGGAGUCGACUCGAGUUUCAGCUUCUCUCCCCAGAAGUUACCAGAAAACUGAUACAGCCAGGUUAACAUCUGUGGUCACACCGAGACCUUUUGGCGCUCAGUCAAGGGGAAUCUCAUCACUCCCGAGAUCCUACACGAUGGAUGAUUCUUGGAAGUAUAAUGGAGAUAUAGAGAGCAUUAAGAGAAUUCAAAGCAGUUCGGUCAGCACCUCUAUGCAAAAACCUGACCCCAGCCAGCAGGCUUCCAGCUUGGCCACGGACAGAGAGGCAGCAGAAGAGGAUGUGAAGAGGGAACCUUCUCCUACACCUUCCUCCUCAUCUCUCUCCCACGACCAAGCUGCCAUUUCUAAAGCCACAUUGUCCUCAACAUCUGGCCUGGAUUUGAUGUCUGAGUCUGGAGCAGGAAGCAGCUCACCCCAGAGAGAGGUCUCACCAUCACAGGAUCAGUUCAGUGAUAUGAGAAUCAGCAUAAACCAGACACCUGGGAACAGUGUUGACUUUGGGUUUACAGUAAGAUGGGAUUUUUCCGGCAUCUUCGUAGCAUCCGUCCAAGCAGGUAGCCCAGCAGAAUUUUCUCAGCUACAGGUAGAUGAUGAAAUUAUUGCUAUUAACAACACCAAGUUUUCAUAUAAGGACACAAAAGAGUGGGAAGAAACCAUGGCUAAUGCUCAAGAAACUGGAAACCUAGUAAUGGAUAUCAGACGCCAUGGAAAGUCUGGUUCACCUGAAACAAAGUGGAUUGAUACAACUUCUGGAAUUUACAACUCCAGCAAGUCUUCCAGUCUGUCAAUUUCAACUGAUUUCUCAGAAAGCCUUCAGAAUUCAAAUCCUGAAUCCAAAGAAAUCAAUGGUAUUUGUGAUGAAAGCAGUACUUUUGACUCAAAAGCAUCUGAACCUAUUUCUUUGAAAAACUUAAAAAGGCGAUCACAAUUUUUUGAACAAGGAAGUUCUGAUUCUGUGGCUCCUGAUCUUCCAGUUCCAACGCUCAGUGCCCCAAGUCGCCGAGCGUGGGAUCAAGAAGAGGAGCGCAGGCGGCAGGAGAGGUGGCAGAAGGAGCAGGAACGCCUGUUGCAGGAAAAAUACCAACGUGAGCAGGAAAAACUGAGGGAGGAAUGGCAGAAGGCUAAGCAGGAGGCCGAGCAAGAGAAUUCCAAGUACUUGAAUGAGGAGCUGAUGGACCUAAACUCAAACAGCAUUUCUCUGACCACACGGGAGUCCACCGUCACCACUUGGGAAGCCACCUGGACUGAAGGGUCCAAGUCUUCUGACAGGGAAGGAACCCGAGCAGGAGAAGACAUGGGAGGUCUGCAGCAAGAGCAUGGUGUGCAUGAAGACCAAACCCAGAUGCUUCAGGAACAGGUCAUUCUUGAGAAAGAGAGGAAACUGAAGGAGGAACAGCUUCGGGAAGAGCAGGAGCAGCAGCAGCGUCAAGCAGAGGCUGAGGCAGAGGCCCAGAGGCAUCGCGCAGAGGAGCAGAAGCGCCAUGCAGAGGAGCAGAAGCGCCAUGCAGAGGAGCAGAAGCGCCGUGCAGAGGAGCAGAAGCGCCGUGCAGAGGAGCAGAAGCACCGCGCAGAGGAGCAGAAGCACCGUGCAGAGGAGCAGGUGCACCAGACAGAGAGAGAGAAAGAGACAUCAGUCAAAAUAUACCAGUAUAGAAGGCCUGUUGAUUCCUAUGAUAUAUCCAAGAGAGAGGAAGAAUCUUCAGGUUUGCUUGCUAGUGACAGGAAUAAAUCCCAAUCCACUACUGAACUUGAUGAUCACUCCACAAAUAAAAAUGAAAGCAACAGGUAUUUAGACAGAGCUGGAAACACUGGCUCAUUGCAGAGGAGCCCCAAAAGGGAGCCAUUCUCAUCAGGAGCAGAAUGGGAGAGACAACAAAUCCUUCAAGAAAUGAGGAAGAGGACAUCACUUCACAAUGACAGCAGCUGGAUCCGACAGCGCAGUGCCAGCGUAGUAAAUAAAGAGCCUAUUUGCCUGCCUGGGAUUAUGAGAAGAGGUGAAUCUCUAGAUAACCUGGAUUCCCCAAGAUCCAAUUCUGGGAGACAGUCUGCUUGGCUCAAUCAGCCGAGUGCCAUCUACGCUUCUUCCUCUGUUCAAGACUUCAGCCGCCCACCUGCUCAGGGGGUGUCCACAUCCAACCGUGCCUACAUGCGCAACCCAUCCCCCAGCGUACUCCCUUCUUCAGCUGGCUCCGUCAAGACCACCUCUGCCCCUUCCUCCACACCACACAGCCAUUCCCCUACAUCUGCACAGUCUGGGUCGCAGCAGCGUAAUAGGUCAGUCAGUGGGAAGCGCGUGUGCUCCUACUGCAAUAACAUUCUGGGCAAAGGAGCCGCCAUGAUCAUCGAGUCCCUGGGUCUUUGUUAUCAUUUGCAUUGCUUUAAGUGUGUUGCCUGUGGGUGUGACCUCGGCGGUUCUUCCUCAGGAGCCGAAGUCAGAAUCAGAAACAACCAGCUCUACUGCAACAACUGCUAUCUCAGAUUCAAAUCUGGACGGCCAACUGCCAUGUGAUGUAAGCGCGCACACGAAAGCCCUGUUGCAGAUAGAAG